UCUCCUCCCCUCCGAUGACCAGAGUCCCUGUUAGAGGGGGCUGAAUACCCUGGGGGGAGAAGACUGACCUCGGGCACAGACUCUUUUUCUGGGGUCUCUGACUCUGUGAAGACUCAGGAGCCUUACUCCAUCCACCUUUGCCGUUCCUUUCGGGAGCCAGACAGGGGGCAGGGCUCUAUAGAGGCUCGUCCUGGGCUAAAGGGCCCUUGGGAGCCGGGGAAGCCCAUGGAACCCCAGAAGGGGCUGCGCAGGGAUGGGAGCGGGAGGCUGGGGCAGUGACGUCAUGGGUUAAUCUCCGGGCUCCGAGCCAGUAGCCACCCCUUCCUUAGACGUGGACUUCUCGAAGCUUACUGAUCUGAAGACGGAGGUGCGACUAAGUUUAGGGACCCAGAAACUGGCCCAGGGGUUCAGCGCUUAAGAGGCUUUGGUGACAUCCUGGGUCAAGGGAUCCGAACCGCGCUCUGAGAAGCUCCAGUUCUGAGGAACGCCGUGCUCCAGGACUCCUCUCCGUUACCAGCGUAGACCUGUUCCAAGAGCUGAGUCGCGGUGUCUCGGAUAAGCGGGGCCAGCCUCAGCCGACCGACUCCCGCCAGUUUCCGCCAGGGGGCGCGAGGACUCUGCGACCAUUCGGCGGCGUGUCCACCGGGAGGCGCUGCAGCCCGCCUCUGGCCGUCGGGCUGCGCGGCGAGCGACCCAUAAUUAGCCCCGCCGCCUAAAUGGGAAAGGCAGGGCGAAACAUUUGCAUAGUCUUGAAAGAACCUUUCUGAGUGGUCAGGGUAUAGCAGCCGAAUGUGAAACGGUGCCUCUCAUUGGCUCAAUUUUCUUCUUUGCGUCCCGCCCCUCUGGGCCCAGGGGUCAAUCGGAAACGACUGGUUAGUGGGGAACUGGAAAUGGGCAACCUAGAGAGGUGCAUCUGGGGACGUCUGUGGCUCUGAGACCCUGCCACCUACCUGCCUCUCCUCCCACCCAUGACCACGCUGGUGGUCCUCGCCACUCUGGCUCCACUGACGCUUCCUUGAGAGUAGCUCCAAAGUAGGAGCCCAGAACUUGGAGCAGCAUGGGCACCGAGAAGGAAGAGCCCGACUGCCAGAAACAGUUCCAGGCAGCCGUCAGCGUCAUUCAGAACCUGCCUAAGAAUGGCUCUUACCGCCCCUCCUAUGAAGAGAUGCUGAGAUUCUACAGCUACUACAAGCAAGCUACCAUGGGGCCCUGCCUGGUUCCCCGACCUGGGUUCUGGGACCCCAUUGGACGUUACAAGUGGGAUGCCUGGAACAGCCUGGGCAAGAUGAGCAGAGGGGAAGCCAUGUCUGCCUACAUCUCUGAGAUGAAGCUGGUGGCACAGAAGGUAAUUGACACAGUGCCCCUGGGCGAGGUGACAGAGGAUAUGUUUGGUUGUUUCGAGCCCCUGUACCAGGUGAUCCCUGACAUGCCGAGGCCCCCAGACACCUUCCUGAGAAGGGUCACAGGCUGUGUCUUGACAGGUUGGAAGGAGCCAGUGCUGCACAGAGAUGACGAUCAGAGGACUCCAGAGCCUUCUUGCCUCCCCAAGGAGCCAGUUCCUCCAAGUCCAGAGUCCCAGCCACCCAGGGACUUGGACCUGGAGGUUUUCUGUGACUCCCUGGAACAGCUAGAGCCAGAGUUGGUGAGACCUCCCCUCUUGUCCCCCAUUCCUGCUGUGUCAGAACUGUCCCACCUCUACCCUGGGACCUGGGACUCAUCUCAGCAGGUUUGGGCAGAGCAGAGGGGAGCCCCUGGCAGAGAGCUGGACACCAGAAGCAGCCCUGAGUCCCCUAGUGAGAAAGAGGGGUUGGAAGGCAGCCUAACUGGGCCCCAGGAAUUGGACAGAUGGUUGGUGGCGACAGUCCGGGCCAUGCAGGAAAGCAUGAAGAAUGUCCAAAGGAGACUCGAGAGCCUGGAAAGCAAGGCCCAGCCAUGUGAGCAAAGGCCACCCAGGACUCGGCCUUGGCCCCUAGGGCUCUCGGCUCCCGCGCUGCUCUUCUUUAUCCUGUGGCCCUUCGUUGCCCAGUGGCUCUUGCGACAGUUUCGGACCCAGAAGAGGUGACGCAAGGAAGGGGUGUCUCUAGCAAUGGAGAAAGCUGUGAGGAGUCCCCGCACGUCCUGCUGUGUCCUGAGCCUCCCUAGGUUUAGGGAAACAGCAUUAGAAAUCCCCCUCCAAUGCUCCUUCGCUCUGGCACGCCCUCCUUUAGUGGGGGCCCCACAAGACCCCACCCUUCUCUGCAGUUCGCACCGACGCCCUGGGUCCCUAGGCUGUCGGGCUGACUGCUGUUACGGUGCACAUCCUAGCUUUGGGGUUGGCGGUGAGCACCCUCCGACCCCACCCUCUGGGUCACCUGACUUUGCUCCCGCCGGGUCGGCUCUCUGCCGAGGCUCAGCUCUUGGGCAAGUUGGGACUUGGACCUGGCCUGAAGACUGAUUGGUUGGAGGAGCAGGGAAGAAUGGGAGGAGUGUGCAGGCUGGGGGCUGGGACGCCCCGUACACAAGCACAAGUACACACCGCGCUCAGGACUUCACUGGAGAUUCACGUGCAAUUGAACGCUUCAUUAAACAAAAGAAAACCUCA